ACAUGGUGCUGGGGGAGGAGGGAGGGAAGGGGGGAGCCGCCCCCCAGCUCUCGCUUCGCGUACAGUUUCUUCCAGUCUCAGCGCUCAACUCCGGCGAGGCUGGAGCGCGGAGCGGGGCUGGACAGGGCGGGAGCCGGGAGGGCUCCGCCGCCGGCUGCCAGGGCGCCGCUGGGCAGCGGGGGCGGCGGGGAAGCAGCCGGAGUGCGCGGCGCCUCCGCUGCCUCCCUCCCUCUGAUGCUCCUUCGCGGCUGCUCGCCAGCCCGGCGGCCGCGGCGCCGGGAGGAUGCGGCUCUUCCUCCUCGCUGCAACUUUCUGGGGAUUGUGCCUGGCUCCAGGUUUGGCUUUGCAAAUACAGUGCUACCAGUGUGAGGAGUUUCAGCUAAACAAUGACUGCUCUGCUCCAGAGUUCAUCGUGAAUUGUACAGUGAACGUUCAAGAUAUGUGUCAGAAAGAAGUAAUGGAGAAAAGUUUUGGGAUCAUGUACCGCAAAUCCUGCGCAUCUUCAGCAGCGUGUCUGAUCGCCUCUGCUGGGUACCAGUCCUUUUGUUCUCCAGGGAAGGUGAACUCUGUUUGUAUCAGCUGCUGCAACACUCCGCUCUGCAAUGGACCCCGGCCGAAGAAGAGGGGGAGUUCUGGCGUGGUGCCGAGGGCAUGCGUGAUGACCACCUUUCUGCUACUUACAUUGGCUCUUCUGCUUUCCUAGUGCUAAACUUCAAGCAAGUUUUCUGCCCUGACACAGUUUGUUCUGUCUCCUCCUUUCUUCAAAGACACUGCAAUUAAUUUCUGUUUGUUUCCAAAUCCCUGUCAACAGUGAGGGAGGUUCAGCGGUUGUGGGGAGAGAGGGGCUGAUAUUUUUGGCAGCUAAUGAAUUCAGUUAGCAGAUUGAAUUUCCAGUGUGCACUUAAAAAUCCCACCAGCAGGAUACAGAGCUCCUGCUCUUUUUGCAUAAUUGGAAACAAAUCCAUCUGUGUUAUUCCUUUUAGGAUGCAGUCAAUUCCUCAGCCAUUUUAAUUUCAGUGUUUUUAAGUUCAUCGCUAAUCAUUAACUUUGCCUUAUGAAGUCAUACUUGGUGUUCACAAAGGCCAUUUUGUGCGUCUGGACUGGGCUCUGAGCUAGUCCCCAGAGGCACUACUUCCAAGCUGGGCUCCGGCGGCUCAAGACCUGGUGUCUGUGGACUGCAGUCAGGCUUGGUCUCAUUCUGAAAAGUACUUAAGAAAACUUUGUUAUUGCCCCUUGUAGAAGAGUUGUGCCUCGAUGAGAUGAAGAGCAGCGGGCGCAGAGAGCGACUGCUCCUGGCUCUGGAGCGCAGGUUGGCUCUGAGAAACUUCUCCUUGUUGGCGUGCUCUAUGGUCAGGUGGCAGCGGAGGACCUGCAGAAACACGCUGCGGAACUGCUGAGAAGAGAUGUUGUACAGGAGGGGGUUCACCACCGAGCUGAGGUAGAAGAAGAUGUCGGCAAUGGGAAGAAGAGUGAUGUACGCUCUGAAGUAGGGGAUGGUCCAGUCCUGCUUCGGUGUAGCAGCAGCCAUGAUCCUUCUCACCUGGUUCGGCAUCCAGCAUAUUGCCAGGUUUGCAACAAUCAGUCCUGCGAAUGGAAAGAGGAAGAAAGAAGUGUGCAUACAUGGGGAAAAACCAUUAUAUACUUAGUAUCGGUUCUGCACCUACUCGUUAGGAAAUAGUACCAAUUUUUCAAUGUUUUGCUUGACAGCUUUUUCUGCCAGUAGCAUUUUUUUGUUUGUUGUUUUUAAUAACUGUUGCAGCACAUGCUCUGACAAAAGACCGCAUAGUGCUUGGAUAGUGUUUCUUUGUACCUGUUGUCAUUUAUUAGCUUUCAAAGUGUUCUUUCAUCGAUGCCUGUAUCUUUGGAAAGAAUGCAUUUUUAUUUCGGUUUCUAUUCUUACAUUCCUUACGUCUUUUCCCUUUACUUUGAAAAACAAACAAAAUAAAAGAACCUAUAGCCAUAUUAGAUCAGGCAAUACCCAGAAGAGAUCAGAUUCUUGUUUGUACUUUACAAAAAAAAGAAAGUAUGCAUAAUAAUAUAUUUCGUGUUAUUUUUGGUAAAUUUCCUCUUACAGAAGAUAUUUUUAAGUAAAAAUAUGUAUGGAUCUUUUUAUGGUAAUUAAGAUAUGUUGGGCUUUCUUAACAAUCAAAUUCCAGUGGAAUUAAAUUAUGAAUGUAAAUGAGAAAAACCCAAGCCUAGUCAUGAAAGUGUAAGCAGUUUCAGAUGAUAAAUUAUGCUUAAAAAUGUGGUAUCUGACCAUUUUGUAUUUAUAUGUAAAUAUCAAUAACAUGUUGCUGAAUCACUAAUGGCAUUAAAAAGGGGGUGACUGAAGUGUUGGAUGUCUGAAGGCUCUGCCUCCGGGGUCCAGCAUUCACUGGGGUCGCAGCGGUGACACCGCCUUCCGACCGGCAGCCCUGAAGAAGCGCGUGGGCGAGCCUGGGCCAGGGCUGCGCCCAGGCGGGAGCCGAGCCAGGGAAAGGCACUCGAACCCUCGCCAGCGGCUUCUGCUCCGCCUAAGCCCUGGAAAUCCUGGCAGCUUGCGUGGAAUACCAGGUACACAAAAUAACUCCUCUCAGUGCUCCCCCACUUCUGAAACACAGCGCAGCCACCAGUUUACUGUUUCCACUUUGUUUUUCUCUUUGCAGGAAGCGUGCCUUACACGAACACUUAAAGGGAGCAGAAGCUGCAGGUUGGCGUCCCUGCUGCAGAGGCACAAAAUAGUAGAGAGCAUCCUGAUGGCGCGCGGUUUUCCCUUCCAGUAGCCCUCCAUUACACUGUUAAUCUCCUCCAUCUAGCCGCCUUUCUCAGCAGAAGCACAGGAAUGCUUUUUCCCUGCCCAGACUAGGUCAGGUUUCCCCCACUGAACCGAUCGCUGUAGGAACCCAACUCUGAAAUUGUGCACGCUGAUUUUUCAAGCCAGGAAAGUUAUAUUUCUCUAGUGGGAAGACAUGAAUGUAAUGGGGAAGGGGGACAGAAAAGAGAAGAAAGAUUUUUUUCAUAGCUUUAAAACUGCCAGGGCUUAAACAGGGUACGUCCAAGUCCAACUGCCACCACGCCCAGCAAUGAAAAGGUAUGAAAUGUCUUUUUAUUAAAAAAAAUAAUAAUUCAUAAUGAAAGCUAUAAUUACUGUAGCAAAUGUAUGACCUCACCAAACAAGCUACCAAAUAAAAGUUGUGGUUUUGACCA